AUGUCUCAGAGGGUCCAAGACCAGGCUCUGCCAUUUGGUAUUCACUAUACCAAAAGCCGAAUGGCAGAGCUUCUGGCAGCCGAUGUAGUGAUUGCUGCAGGUUCAGCAACACUGAUUACGCCAGCCGUCAUGAUCUUUGACAGACUCGUCAUCGAGAAAUCUUUCUACAACCAGCCCCUCUUUCCAGCGUUUCGCAGACAUCUUUGGUUCUCCAUCACACAGCCCUCGACCUUUUUAACAUCUCGACCAAGUCUCCUGGUCUGGUCCCUCUAUACAGCGACAUUCGCAACAGCCAAUGCCUCAGAGACAAUCCUGAGCAAGUGGUACCCCCAAAUCGACCAUGCCAUUGCGGGCAUGACCACCUUCGCUGCAACAUUCAUCGUCAACUCCUCCGUGGGAAUCUGGAAGGAUGUGAAGUUUGCCCAAUUAUUCGGCCACGGCAACACCUCCAUGUCCUCUGCAACCACCCCAGCCACACCUACUCCUACACCUACUCCAUCUCCAUCUCCCGCAUCCACUGCUAGUACCAGCGCCAAUACCACAAACUCCAACCCAACCUCAUCCUCCAAGACCGCCCGUUCAAUCGGUCGUACCCGAAUCCCAGUGGCAACCUACUCCGCGUUCCUGGUCCGGGACGCGCUCACAAUCUUUGGCUCCUUCGGCCUUCCCGCAAUGGUCUCAGCCUCCAUCCCAGACUCCGUCACCUCCCAAGAAUACCUCAAGAUCCUGAUCGCCCAGCUCGCCAUCCCGGCCUCUAUCCAACUGGUCAGCACACCCAUCCACCUCCUCGGACUAGAUCUCUACAACCGUCCCCAGGUGAUGCCGACAAAAGACCGAAUCAGCCGGGUUAGUCGGGACUGGAUUGGCGCAUCACUGCUACGCAUGUGUCGCAUUAUCCCCGCUUUCGGAAUCGGCGGGUUCGUGAACACUGAAGGCCGGCUUUACUUGCAUGACCAGCUGGAUGGCCGGCGCAAGGGUUCUUGA